CACCAAUCAAAGGAUCGACCAACAUCACCAAGAAGGAUGCACGACACCGAGAUGACGAGCACCGAGGAGAAGGACGAGGAGAUGCUGGUGCAGCGCGAGGAUGGAGGCGCAAGUGGCGGUGGCGAACGGCAGAUCCAGAUCCACCCGCUGGUGAUCGUGAAUGUUGCGGACCACCAAACGCGGCAGAAGUGCAACUCGCAGCUGAGCCAAACGGAGGCGCCGCAGGUCAUCGGCGCGCUCUUUGGUAUCCAGAAAGGUCUGGAUGUGGACGUCUACGACUCGUUUGAGAUGAAAUACGACGUCGUUAGUGGAGAGAUUCAGAUCGACAAAGAGUUCCUCACCUCGCGCAUCCAGCAGUUUUCGCAGGUUUUCCCGGGCUUUGAGCUGCUCGGAUGGUACACAGUCGGCGCUAAGGCUCUUCCCAGUGAUCUGGCGGUGCACCGCGUCGUCAUGGAGUUCAAUGAAAGUCCGCUGUUUAUAAUCCUGGACCCAGAAUCCAAGGGACCAAGUACCAAGAAGAAGCUGCCGAUCUCGCUAUUCGAGUCGGAGCUGCACAUGCUCAAUGGCGUGCCCAAGAUGAUCUUCGUCAAGGCACCAUUUAAAAUUGAGACGUCGGAGACGGAGGGCAUCGCAAUCGACCAUAUCUCGAAGAUCGCACCUAUUGGUGAUGCCAGCAAGUCGUCGUUACACCCUUACUUGGGUAACGUCCGAGACGCUGUGAAAAUGUUGGACCGGCAGGUGGAUGUGCUACUGCGUUUGUUGCAGGCUAUGAAGAUUGGCGAGGCACCUCUGGACCACAACCUAUUACGCCACAUCUCGAGCAUUUGCAACCAGCUGCCAGCGAUGAAGUCUGAGCACUUCGAUGCGGCGUUUACGCAAGAAUACAACGACGCGCUGCUGGUCUCGUAUCUGGCCGCUCUCACGAAGGGCGCAACAAACGCGAAUACCGUCGUGGACCGAUUUACUACCACGCAGGAGCGCCACCACCAGCGAGGCACUCUGUUGUGAUUGACGACACCAAUGUCGAUGAUUGAAGCGGCUUUUUAUGAAAUUUACGACGUUUAAACCGAUCUUCAGUGUUGAAACUGCAUUUCUAACUAAAAGUUACGCCCACAUAUGUCACCAAUUUUACACAAAUCAACCCAAUUCGGUGG